GCUCCGCUUUCAUUGUUACCCACUCCACAACUACCACACCCCAGUUUUGCGCAUCUAGGACUGUCGAAUACCUGAAGACGAUUUUUUCCAAGCCGACACGGGCAUAGCAUAUGCACAAGAUGCCUCUCUACAGGCCCGCAUUCCGGUUGUACACGCUCCAAAUCCAACGCCGCGCAUACUCGAGUGCACCCUCUCCGGUCAUAAACGUUACCAAUGUCCCCGCACCACACUCGGGCAGCAUUCGCAUUCUCUCCUUCAACCGGCCGGCCGCGCGGAACGCUAUAUCCCGCCAGCUGCUCGCCGAGCUGACGCACCAGGUCAACAGUAUCCACAACGAGGGGGGCAAAGGCGCAACGAGGGCCCUCAUAUUAGCAAGCGAUGUAGAUACGAGUUUCUGCGCAGGUGCAGAUCUCAAAGAGCGCGCCACGUUUACGCAGGAAGACACAGCCAACUUCCUCACAACGUUGCGCGGCACGCUGAACUCGAUAUCCCAGCUACCGAUUCCCACGAUAUCUGCACUCGCAGCGCCGGCGUUCGGCGGCGGCCUCGAGCUCGCUUUGACAACCCACCUGCGCGUGUUCGCAUCCACCACCACCGUUGCCCUCCCGGAGACGCGCCUGGCUAUCAUCCCGGGCGCAGGAGGGACAUAUCGCCUUCCUGCCCUGAUCGGAUUGGGAAGAGCGCGAGACAUGAUUCUCACAGGGCGUAGAGUCGGUGGUCCAGAGGCAUACUUCCUUGGCCUGUGCGACAGGCUGAUAGAAGUCACGGAGGAAGAGGCAAAGACAGAGGGCGCCGCGCGGAAGAAGGUACUGGCGGAGUCUAUAACUCUCGCGAGGCAGAUCUGCGAGGGCGGGCCAAUUGCCAUCAACGCCGCAUUGAUUGCGCUAGAGGGUUGCGCAUUGGGCGAAAAGGCAGAGAACCCGGCGUACGAGAUGGUCGUCAAGACGAAAGAUCGCGACGAAGCUUUAGCAGCAUUUCGCGAGAAGAGGAAGCCCGUGUUCAAAGGACAUUAGGUUAGAGAAUCCACAAACAUGUAACGGCGUCUCAGAG